UCCUAGGAGGCUGUUCUAAAAGUUUUGAAACUCCUUGAGAACAGUUCACGGGCUCUUAAAUCUUCGAGAACUACAGUAUAUAAUAAAUAUAUAUCUAUCUGAAUCGUGGUAUUCGCUAUCGCUUCUGGUUUGCGCGAUUCCUCUUGGCCACUCGACACUUUUCAAGUCCUAAAUGGUAACGGACCCAGAAGCCCCAGCUGGGGCAAGGAAGCGCACCGUUCCACGGCCAGACCAAACAUAUGAAGACAAUUCUCUCGCUCAUUAUCCUCCACAAGAUAACCUUCUCUUGAGAGAACCUACGCAUGAGAUGCAUUAUUCCUCAUCCAACACGACUUCUCUGACUACCUAUCUGGAUCAGGUAUGCCAGAAGAACAAAGAACACGAAAAAAACAGCGCCAUUCAUGAAUCUUGCAUUGAAGUUGUGGGUGGGAAAGAUCCCAAUACCUCCGACCCCUUUGACGAGACCGCCGUGAUACCCGACGUUGAAGAGGGAGAUGAUAACCCAGAUAUGCCCACAGUCACAGUCAGAUCGUGUCUCGUCGGCCUAAUAAUGGCCAUAUUUGGUGCGGCUGUCUCGCAGAUCUUUAUGUAUAAGCCGGUGCAUCUACACCCUCAUCCAUUGUUUAUUCAGUUGGCUUGUUUGAUUCUCGGAAGAGCAUUCGCGAAGAUCCCCGGUCCUCUGUGGUGGAACCCGUGUCCUUUGACUGUGAAGGAGACUGUCUUUGCUGCCAUCAUGGCGACUGCUGGCGCGGCUGGUACUCCUAGCGUCGAAAUGGUGGCCACUCAGGAUUUGUUUUUCGAUCGAAAGAUGCAUCCUGCGAUCAUCAUCAUGACUCUUCUAAGCAGUCAAUUGAUUGGCUACGGAUGGGCAGGGUAA